AUGGAAGGCUCGUCCACUCGGCAGGGCAGCGGGAUCGGCUUAAUCCUCAUCUCACCUCGGGAAGACUGGAUGCAGCUAUCCACCUUGUUAGACUACCGAGCUACUAAUAACGAAGUAGAGUAUAAGGCAUUGAUAGCUGGCCUGCAAGCAGCUCGGCACGUGGGAGCAGAUAAAGUCCUCAUUCACUCGGAUUCCCAGCUCGUCGCCCAACAACUAUCCGGAGCCUUUGAGAUAAGCAGCACACGGCUAAAGCUCUAUGCAGAGGCUUUUGAAAAGCUAAAGGUCAACUUCCAAGAAGUGGUUAUACAGAAGAUUCCCCGAUCGAAGAACCAAGCAGCGGAUGAGCUAGCAAAGUUUGCCAGUUCGCUAACGUCGAUCGUCAUAGGUCAGCCGAUCGAGCAAGUCUCAUUGGUGGCCCACAUCGACCGUAUGGAGGAAAUCACCUUCCCGAACGACUGGAGGAUGGCCCUGACGAAGUUCUUACAUUCGGGAACUGCAUCUACCAAUCCGGAAGCUACUCGCUUGAUAAAGAAAAGGGUCGGUCGAUUCACAUUGAUCGAUGACCAGCUCUAUAAGAAAGUCUUCUCCCGACCCCUACUCAAGUGCGUCGGACUAGAAGAUGUCGAUUACAUCCUGAAUGAGGUGCACCAAGGUUCUUUCGGAGGUCAUCCGGGCGGUCGUGCAUUGGCCCGAAAAAUACUUUUGGCUGGAUACUUUUGGCCGACCCUCCAGGAGGAUGCCGCUCGGACGGUGGUAACUUGCUUGUCUUGCCAGAAGUACCAGAACAUGUCACACCGACCGACCAAGGAGAUGAAAGCGUCCAUGGUAUCGUGCCCGUUCGACCAAUGGUGCAUGGACAUCGUGGGGCCUUUCCCUAUGACAAUCAGUCAGCGAAAGUUUCUACUGGUGGAGGUGGACUACUUCUUAAAGUGGGUAGAGGCCGAGCCGCUUGCAAGAAUCAUCGAGCAUAUGGUCUCCAAAUUUAUUUGGCAUAACAUUAUCUGUCAAUUUGGAAUCCCACGCCGACUCGUGCCCGACAAUGGGAGGCAAUUUGUUGGUCGGAAGCUCAAAAAAUGGUGUGAAGACUAUGGCAUCCAAUAA